GUCGCGAACAAACCUUAUAUCAUGAUGGCGAUGUAAAAUACAAUAAUAAUAUGAUAAAGUUCUUUCACGCGACAGUUACGCUGCGCAUGUUGCUACUUCAUACGAUGGGCAAGGACUCGGCAAAACGGUGCAUCUCCACACCGUUUGUUGCGUGAUGGGAAAGAGAGUUGCUGCAGGCUGCAGGUACAGCUCAGGUGGAACGCGAAUGCAGGCAUGUCUAUGCGAAGUAACUAAAAAUGUUUCGCAGUCGGAGCUGGUUUGGUGGCGGACUUUGGAAGCCCAAAAACCCACAUUCCCCGGAGCACCUUAAGUACUUAUACAAUGUCUUGUCAAAGAAUCAGACUGUGUCUGAGAAUAAUAGAGGUUUGUUGGUCGAAACUCUACGUUCAAUAGCUGAGAUUCUCAUAUGGGGUGAUCAAAAUGAUAGUAGUGUGUUUGAUUUUUUUCUGGAGAAGAACAUGCUUUCGUUUUUUCUGCGCAUUAUGAAGCAAAAAUGUGGGAGCUACGUAUGCGUUCAAUUGCUUCAAACAUUGAAUAUUUUAUUUGAGAACAUACGGAAUGAGACAUCCUUAUAUUAUCUAUUAAGUAACAAUCAUGUAAAUAGUAUAAUAGUACACAAAUUUGACUUUAGCGAUGAAGAAGUAAUGGCAUAUUAUAUUAGUUUCCUGAAAACAUUGAGUUUGAAGUUGAACGCACAUACGAUACAUUUCUUCUAUAAUGAGGUAAACGAGCAUACCAAUGAUUUCCCACUGUAUACAGAAGCGAUCAAAUUUUUCAAUCAUUCAGAAGGUAUGGUGCGCAUAGCUGUAAGAACUUUGACUCUAAAUGUGUAUCGUGUCGAGGAUGCAUCUAUGCUAGCUUUCAUAAGAGAUCGCACUGCUGCGCCAUAUUUCAGUAAUCUCGUAUGGUUUAUCGGUGACCAUAUUAUAGAAUUGGACACCUGUGUCCGAAAUGAUGCCGAUCAUCAAAGUCAAAAUAGAUUGUCAGAUUUGGUUGCCGAACAUUUGGAUCAUCUUCAUUAUCUAAAUGAUAUUUUAUGUUUGAAUAUACCAGACUUGAAUAAAGUUCUAUCAGAACAUUUAUUACAUAAACUGUUAGUCCCAUUGUACGUCUAUUCUCUAAUGAAAUACAAAAACACGUGCCAAAUUCAGGAUGAAAGAAAACACGUCAGUGUUGUGGUAGCGCUUUUUCUACUUUCUCAAGUCUUUUUGAUAGUAUCGCAUGAACCUCUUGUACAUACGUUAGCGACUGUAAUGCUCAUGUCCGAUUUAGAGACGAUUCAAGUUGGAACAAAUAGUGUUCUCGAAAAAUUUGGAGAUAUAACAUCGAAUAAAUCUGUUACCUUCUCACUCCCGAAAGAAACAUUGAAAAAGUCUUGGGAAACUUUAAAUGAAAUACGCUCAACAUCUAAAGAAUUGCAUACUCGAGAAAGCAGUACAAGAAAUAUAGAAGAAGUAGUUAAAAAUGCAAUUGAAUUUCAUCACCCAAGCACGUCUUUUGACGAUGCUUCAACCCGUAUAAAUACUCCUGUUCUUACGAAUGCAUCAUUAAAUACAAGCAUUUCAAGCGAAGAGGAUUUAGAGGAAAUUAAGCAUGAAUUGAAUGUAACGGAUGAGGAGAAAGAGCAACGCUUGGCAUUGGAAAGCCCUUUACCUCAUCAAAGUCAAAAUGACAUAUUCGAAUCUUUAACAAAAAAACCAUUUCUAGAAGCAAUAACCAAUUCCUUAUUAUGUACAGAAAAUGAUUAUGCUGCAUUAUUCGCGCUUUGCCUAUUAUAUGCAUUAGCUAAUAACCAGGGUAUAAGUCGUAAAAUUUUGGAUAUAAUCUUGUCUCCCUUCCACAAUAAUACGUCGACGAAAAAUUCUUAUAAUGAAUUACUCAUGGAUAAGUUGAUUCAUAUUAUAACUUUGAGUUGUCAAACAAAUUCCAAAGUGAGGCUUGUUACAUUGGAAUUAACUAUCAAGCUAUUAACACAAUUAACAGUAUCUGAAGGACAAUGCCUAUUACGAGAAUCACAUCUAGCAGUCAUUGAAGCAGCGAAAGAACAAAGCACAUCUCUGCUAAAAAAUUUCUACAAGAGCGAAGACAUUUUUUUGGACAUGUUUGAGGAUGAAUACAGCGAAAUACAAAAACGACCGUUAAAUGUCGAAUGGUUAAUGAUGGAUAGCAAUAUUUUGUUGCCACCUACAGGCACACCUAUGACUGGAAUUGAAUUUAGUAAAAGGCUACCAUGUGGUGAGGUGGAAAGGGCACGUCGUGCGAUAAGAGUUUUCUUUUUGAUAAGAGAACUAUCUCUGAUACUCAAUAUGGAAAUGGAAACACAAUUACCACUGACUAAUCCAGUUAAUUGCGUACAAGUCAACAACGUCCUUGAUCUAAACAACAGUGAUUUGAUUGCAUGCACCGUCAUGUGGAAAGAUGGUCAGAAAAUUCGCCGUUUCUUAGUCAUUGAUGUUGUGCAAUUAAUUCUUGUGGAACCUGAUAUCAGUAAGCUUGGCUGGGGUGUUGCAAAGUUAGUUGGUUUUUUACAAGACAUUGAUGUGGCCGGCGACAAGGACGAUUCAAGAUGUUUGUACCUGACGAUUUACAAACCAUUAAGCAGUAGCACUGGCAAUCGUAUACCGUUGCUGUCGGCUAAAUUUAUUUUCGAUGAUCAUAUCCGAUGUAUGGCGGCUAAACAAAGGUUGACGAAAGGACGAAUAAAAGCAAGACAAAAGAAGAUGAAUCAGAUUGCAAGAUUGUUGGAUAUUCCAACGAGUAUAUCUCAUUGUUCAACACCACCCAAUUAUGCUUUGCGUAGUUUGCGACAUGAGCGUAUAAUCGGACGUGGUCAGAGACUGCAGAGGGAUCAAGCAAGGCCGAUGUUUACGGUAAAUAAAGUUCCUGGAUUUGCGGCACAAAUGCGUAGAGAGAAUAUUAAGCCGUUGCCAUCAUCGAGUUCCAAAUGCGAUGAUGCAAAUUCAAAUGAGAGAAUUCAUGAAAAUAGUUUGCGAUCUAGAGAUGGUUCGCCUAAGAUGCCAAGACCGCGGAGCGAGGAGAUUCCUCUGGAGGAUAUGUGUAUUCGGAAAGCUUCUCUUACGUCCAAUGGACUAAACGUAACGCACGUAUGUCCAGAAAGGAGGGACAGUCAAGGUGCUUGCUCGAAUAAUAGCGAAUCCUCGUCUGUAAUUAGGAAACAUUCUGAAGAAACGUCUUUCACAUCUCCGCAAGGGCAAGAAUCAAAGCCACGUAGGAAGGGUCAAGUGGAGACUGUAUGAUUAAAACUAGUAAUUCAAACUAAACGUAUCUUUAAAAAAAUCUUAGAGGACAAAUGAAAAUGUGUACAUGCCAUACUUUUCACUUAGCAAAAAGAGCCUGCUUGACUAAAUUAAUAAAAAAAAUUU